ACAGGAAUAGCUAUAAUGGCAAUCCUUCCCUCACUAGUUAUCUACUUGGCAGCGUAUACAAAAGACAAAAAAGAACCAGAAAACACAUUUACUUGCUGUACUUACAAUUGCUUCUGGGAUAGAGAGAAAACGUACAACGCUGUGUCGCUUGUUGUCAACACUGCGAUUUUGAUUGUACGAAUAACUUUGUGGCAACUUGAUCAACCAACAUCGCUUUACUGGUUGAAAAACUGCUUUGAGAUAGUACAUAGCUUGGUGUGUAUUGUGAAAUUCGUCGCCGAAAAUGAAGAACAACCCAUGGUCGUGCCCAGUAUUGUGGUCGAGCCACCGCCGCCACCGCCCAAAUUUCACUGCAACACAUCCACAAGGUACUCAGCCGCUAGGUCAACCAGCAGGCCAAGGUCGUCGUCAGAGGCUGCUGGGGCUGUCGAAAUUUCUGACGGCAGCAAGAUUAUCUUCACCGCUGAUGUGCCUGGCCCAGAGAGUCUGGUGGGUAAGAAAGAUAUGGCCAAGGUCGUCUCGCGUGUCGACGCAUCCGAAAAAGAGGUUGCCCUAAACCCAGUAAGAAUUUUGAGGAAUGAAGCCGAGGAGGAGCGUGCCGAGACAGCACGUCUGUCAAGUUUUGUGGGUGUGAUUGCUGUCGGCGACCUGGUGAAGAGCACUCUGGGUCCCAAAGGCAUGUACAAAAUUCUAGUGGCCCACGGGCGCAGUGCCGGACAGGUGGAAAUCACCAAUGGUGGCUCUACAAUCGUCAAGGCGAUCGGGGUGGACAACCCUGCAGCUAAAAUUCUCGUCGACAUGUCCAGAGUGCAGGAUGACGAGGUUGGUGACGGUACCACUUCUGCCAUUGUUCUUGCUGCUGAGCUUUUGAGAGAAGCUGAGAAACUGAUUGAGCAGAAAAUCCAUCCUCAGAUCAUAAUCGCUGGGUGGCGGAGAGCUUCUCAUAUUGCGCUAGCCUCAUUGGAGAAAGCGUCCGUGGACAACAGUGGAGAUCCAGAAAAGUUCCACAAAGAUCUGUUGAACAUCGCCAGGACCACCCUGAGCUCAAAGAUCUUGUCCCAGAAUAAGGAGUAUUUUGCGAAUCUGGCUGUUGAAGCCGUUUUGCGACUAAAGGGAUCAGGUGACCUGAGUGCUAUUCAGGUGAUCAAGAAGCUGGGUGGCUGCAUGGAAGACUCAUUCCUUGACGACGGCUUCCUGCUGGACAAGAAGCCUGGUCUGCACCAGCCCAAGCGCAUUGAGAAGGCCCGCAUUCUUAUUGCUAACACGGCAAUGGACACCGAUAAAAUUAAGGUAUUUGGAUCUCGUGUCUGUGUUGAUGCUGUUUCCAAAAUCGCCGAGUUGGAGUUGGCUGAAAAAGAAAAGAUGAAGGACAAGGUCAACAAAAUCGUCAACCACAACAUCAAUGUGUUUAUUAACAGACAACUGAUCUACAACUACCCUGAGCAGCUGUUUGCCGACGCAGGUGUGAUGGCCAUCGAACAUGCUGGUUUUGCUGGCAUCGAGCGAUUGGCUUUGGUCACAGGUGGUGGAAUUGUUUCCACCUUUGAUCAUCCUGAGAUGGCCAAAUUGGGACAUUGCGAUCUUGUGGAGGAAGUAAUGAUUGGACAAGACACCCUGCUGCGCUUUGGAGGCGUACCUCUUGGUGAGGCGUGCACUGUCGUCAUCAGGGGUGCCACUCAGCAGAUUCUUGAUGAAGCCGAGCGAUCUCUGCAUGAUGCCUUCUGCGUCCUUGCCGCUACGGUCAGGGAGACCAGAACUGUUUAUGGCGGUGGUUGCAGCGAAAUGCUCAUGGCCAACGUGAUCAACGAUGAGGCAGCACGCAUUCCAGGCAAGGAAGCCAUGGCAAUGGAGGCAUUUUCCAGGGCACUCAGGCAGCUGCCCACUGCCAUCGCUGACAACGCAGGAUAUGACUCAGCACAGCUGGUCAGCGAGCUCAGGGCUGCGCACAGCAAGGGUGAAAACACCACGGGACUCGAUAUGGAACAGGGCAUGGUAGGCUGCAUGAAAGACCUUGGUAUCACUGAGUCUUUUGUGGUGAAGCGGCAGGUGCUGUUGUCCGCCUCUGAGGCUGCUGAGAUGAUCCUGCGCGUGGACAACAUCAUCAAGGCUGCGCCAAGGAGGCGCGGGCCAGACAACCGACCUUGCUAGUUCUUCACAGGCGCGUAUUCCACGAAGCUAUAUAUACUUAUCGUUUUUUGCACAUUAACUG